AUGCAGAUUCCACGCUUGGCUAUCCUCGGGGCAUUGGCCCUGCCCAGUGCUGCCCAUGUUGCUCACCGCGAUGAGGGACAAUGCAAGCAGACUACUGUUGCGAUUCUCAACAGGGGUGGAGGAAUGGCUGGUAUUGCGGCAGCGCAAACUUUGCACAAUGCCUCCAUGGACGACUUUAUGAUUCUCGAGUACCGCGACACGAUUGGCGGUCGCGCCUGGCACGUGCCGUUUGGCCAGAAGGAGGAUGGCUCGCCCUAUAUUAUUGAGAUGGGGUGCAAUUGGGUCCAAGGAUUGGGUGUCCCUGGGGGUCCGCAGAACCCUGUCUGGACAUUGGCCCAAGUCUACAACCUCUCCACUGUCUACUCCAACUACAGCAACGUGUCCACCUACAACGAAAACGGCUACAAAGACUACUCCUACCUGAUGGACAUUUACGACGACGCAUACGACACCGCCGCUGCCCAAGCAGGCAUGAUCCUGCUCGACAAUCUGCAAGACCAGACAGCCAAGACCGGCCUGGCACUGGCUGGUUGGAGACCAAAAGAGCACGACAUGGAAGCCCAAGCAGUCGACUGGUGGGAAUGGGACUUCGAGGACGCCUACACCCCCCUGGAAAGUUCCUUCGUGUUCGGCAUCGCAGGCAACAACCUCACCUCCAACGGCUUCAGCGACGAAGACAACUUCGUAAUCGACCAACGCGGUUUCAGCACCAUCAUCCACGGCAUGGCCUCCACCUUCCUCCGUCCCAACGACACCCGUCUGUCGCUCAACACCCAAAUCACCAACAUCAGCUACAGCGACUCCGGCGUGACCGUCCACAACUCCGACGGCUCCUGCGUCCGCGCCGCCUACGCCAUCUGCACCUUCAGUCUAGGCGUUCUCCAGAACGACGCCGUCACCUUCUCCCCGUCCCUCCCGCAAUGGAAACAAGAAUCCAUCCAGGGGUUCACAAUGGCCACCUACACCAAGAUCUUCCUCCAAUUCAACGAAACCUUCUGGCCCACAGACACUCAAUACUUCCUCUACGCUGACCCCUACACCCGCGGCUACUACCCGCUCUUCCAAUCCCUCAGCACAGAGGGCUUCUUCCCGGGCUCCAACAUCAUCUUCGUCACCGUGACGGAGCAAUACGCCUGGCGCGCGGAACGCCAAUCCGACGAACAAACCAAGUCGGAGAUUAUGGCCGUGUUGCGCAAGAUGUUCCCGGAGAAAAACAUCCCAGAUCCAAUCCACUUCCUCUAUCCCCGGUGGACAACUGAACCCUGGGCAUACGGCACAUACUCGAACUGGCCACCUAGCACGACGCUAGAAAUGCACGAGAACCUGCGUGCUAACACGGGUAGACUCUGGUUCGCAGGUGAAGCCACCAGUCCAACCUACUUUGGAUUCCUGCACGGAGCGUGGUUCGAGGGACAGGCAGCGGGGAGAGAAAUCAGUGGGAUUCUAAAUGGUACGUGUGUGGGUAAUUCCACCUGCGGACGGAAACAUUAUUCCAAGUUACAUGGAACGACCCCGUUGGCGGAUUAUAGCCUGGUGGAUGGAUGGAACGGUAACAGUUUUUAUGAUUUUAAUACUGAUUAG